AUGGGGAAGCGAGACCUGCAGAAGGAGAAGCAGCUGGAGCUCGCUACCAUAUGGGGCAGUGAAGUCCAAGGGGAUGCGCGCUUCCCUAAAAGGCGCGGGGCUUCGCAAAAGAAGGAUGUUGGCCUGAUGGCGGAUAGCGGCGACGCCGACUCAGAUGCUCUGUCAGAGAUCGGCAGCGAUGCCCGAAGCAUCACAAGCAAGCACAGCGAUACGGCAACAAAGGAAAGAAGGAAGGCAGCCAAAAAGAAGCGCACUUGCUAUCGCCUCCAUUGUUUUGUCGAGCCUGGCACAGAACUGAACGCCGUUCGCACUGUGUUUGAGGCAUACGAGCCUAAGAUCGAAAUUCGCACAGCUCAGAAGGGUAAUUUGCUCAACAAGUCACAAUUUGCAGUUCUCACUUUUCGCAACAAGGCAAUGGCACUGCAUGCGGUGAAGACGCUCGAUGGAACCAAUCAACGUGAUAUGUUGGGUGUGACUAACCUGAAGCUGAACCUUAUGCUGACGAGACAGCAGAGCAAGAUAGCGCGCAAGAAGCUCAACCGAAAGAUCCGCCAUGAGAAGCAGCAAAAUCAGCUCAUGGAAGAUCAAGAAGAUAUGGCGUUUAUUCGCAACUUUUUGAAGCAGCAGAGUAGCGCAAAGGGCAAGUAA